UACUCAGUGAUAACAGGCUGCUGUCGCCUCGCCCCGGUUCGGUUCCCCCGCCGAUCGGACCGGACAUAAGGCCGAUCUCUACCACUGGCUAUGGAAGUUCCCUAAAAGGCGAGGCUUCCUCUGCCCCUCCAUGCCCUCCUUCCCCGAGAGACCCGCGGGUCUGUCUUUCCUCGAUUUCAGCGACCACCGGGCUGGCCUGGCUUCUUUGAAAUUAUGAAAACGUGGUCGCCGGAGCCCGUCCUCGCCUUGUUCCUGUGGGGGCUUGCGUUCAGUCUACCGCAGUCCCUCGGGGCAGAGACCCCCGUUAACAGCAGCCCGUAUGCGGAGACGAGCGUCUUUUAUUCCUCAAGUAGCACCAAUGAGGCGGACUACGAGUUCACUUCCACUUCUCCCACCAGUGAGAGUUCAUCAGCCUCAUCUCAAGAGGACCUGCUGCUGCUCACAAACUCUGCGGGCACUGAGCAAACACAAACUCUACGAGAACCAACUACCAGGUCACUGGAGACCGUCAGUGGCUCCACUGAGUCGUUCACAUCAUCCCAUGUCGGCACCUCCUCUGAGGCCAGCAGUAGCAGGAGAAACUGGAAUGCUGCCUUAAGAACCCAAAACCUGCCUGAUGUGUCCACCGUUGUGUCCAACAAAGCAAUGUUGUCCUGGACGUCCACAGAGGACUCCAGCUUGCCGCGGGACAGCCCGGUUUCGCAUCUCCGUUUAGGAGAUGCCGUGUCCUCCCAGUCUCAAGUCUUCACAGACAGCAUUUUCAUCUCGACCACCAUCAGCCGGGCAGGGGAGCGGACUCUGUUGUCUGUCACCUCCUCUUCCUCUGACAACAUCUCCUCCUCCUCAGCCUUUACUGAGAGCUCCAGCUCCCACCAACCCCCCUCCACUUGGAGUGUUCCAUCAAUACGGGGAACAGAGACUGAAGACUACACUCGGAGUGUUCCAUCACCAGGGGGAACAGAGACUGAAGACUACACUCACAGUUCCCCGUCCACCAGGAGCGAAGAAGCCAGAGACAGCACUCUCACUCAAUCGUCAUUUCCUGAGACGUCCACAGGAACGCAAACUCUUGUUAGCCCUCCGAAUGCGACUGAACAUCACCACCCUCUGACAUCAGAGGUGACUUCUGAUUCCACAUCCAGGAUGUCCAGCACUGACCAAUUGGAUGAAUCGUUCUCAUCCACACCUCCAGUCGUCCCGCCUGUAAGGAGCCCCACUCUCGUGUCCUACCAGGAACCCACAGUCGAACCCUCUGCUGAAUCUUCUACUAGGACCGUUAGCUUCAGCACUUACAGCCUCAGCCAGAGCACCGAGGAGAGUUCAUCCAAGAGCGAGGAGGAAAAACUGGGAUUUAGUUUCACCACAGUUCCCCCACUGAUUAGUAGCCCGACUAAUCAGUAUGACUCUAGCACGGAGACAACUGAGGUCUUCAUCACCACCACAGCAGUCACUGAAAGAUCUGAACUAACAAACAAGCCCGCGAGUACCUCAACGGUGUCCACCAGCAGCCUUCCACUCCUCGCCACCUCAUCUUUCAAGCUCAGCAUCACGUCCGUUAUCUCCACUCCCGACUCUCCAACCCAGCCCACCAUCCCUCCCACGACCUCCGCAACAAGUGCCCCCACGCUGACUCAGCAGAGCUCUGCAACCCCGACCGCUUCCCUCCCCAGCACCAACCAAGCCUCCUCAUCGCCGACGGUGACCGCCGAGCCCGCCGACGUCACCACCCCGAAGCAGGAAACUAGCACGCGCACGCUGGCCGUCUCCACCCCGACCCGAAACCAACCAAGCACUGCUCCUCACACCCUCAGCACCCCAACAAGAAGCACGGAGGCUCUGCACACCACCCGCAAACAAACAGACCGAGUGACUACAAAGAGGGUGACGCUAACAACACCCGUUCAUGUCCAAACCACUAAGGCAGCUCCAACAACAGGGGACCCCUGCAUGUCCAACCCAUGUUGGAACGGAGGAACAUGCAGAAGCUAUGAAGGGCGUCAGUUCACUUGCACGUGUCAACAAGCCUGGACGGGCCCCACUUGCAACCAGGAUAUGGAUGAGUGUGAGAAGGACCCUUGCCCCGUUGGCUCCACCUGUGUGAACACCAGGGGUUCCUUCAAUUGUGAGUGUCCGCUGGGCUUCGACCUGGAGGAUGGACGCACGUGCACAAAAGCAAAGACCUUUUUGGGAACAUUCAGUGUAAACAAAAUGUCACAUGACUCGAGUAUCUUCAAGAGCGCCGCCAUGCAUGAAAUCCAGAGGGAGAUCAUACAGCUGCUAAACGCCUCCUUGUCCCACCUCAGUGGUUACAGCCGCUCCACUCUCAGCAAAAAGGACCUGGAUGGCGCUCACAUAUCAGCCGUCAACAUGUUCGCCAAGUCCUCCAAUGUGUCCAGUGUGGAGGUCUACAACAGCAUCCAGAUGUUUCUAAAAAACUGCAGCUCUUCACAGUCUCACUGCCACGUGGUGCUGCACCACAGACUCACUUAUCACGAGGAGAGUCUCUGUAUGGCCCAGAGAUUUCAGUGCAACCCAGAGCGCUCCACCUGCACCGAUAUCAGCGGCACCGCCCAAUGCCAAUGUCUACCAGGUUAUUACAAGCACAACCUUGAUGACCUAUCCUGCUUAGAAUGCGGGGAUGGCUACAAGCUGGAAAAUGGCACCUGUGUCCCGUGCAUGUUUGGAUUUGGAGGAUUCAACUGUGGGAAUUUUUACAAGCUGAUUGCUGUGGUUGUAUCGCCAACAGGGGGCGCCUUACUCCUUAUCCUCAUCAUUGCUCUUAUUGUCAUUUGCUGCAAGAGAGACAAAAAUGACCUCAACAAGAUCAUCUUCAAGAACGGAGACCUCCAAAUGUCUCCAUACACCGACUUCCCCAAGAGCAACCGCAUCUCCAUGGAGUGGGGAAGGGAGACCAUCGAGAUGCAAGAAAACGGCAGCACCAAGAACCUGCUCCAGAUGACUGACAUUUACUAUUCGCCGGCAUUGCGCAACUCUGACCUGGAGAGAAACGGUUUGUACCCAUUCACAGGUCUUCCGGGAUCUCGCCACUCGUGUAUCUACCCCGCCCAAUGGAACCCGUCCUUCAUAAGUGACGAUUCACGCCGCAGAGACUACUUUUAAACAAAAAAUCUCACUGAUACUCAGAAGCAGACAAACAAACAAAAAAUCACCUGACCAUGUGUAACUUCAUAGGACGUAAGUGCACAAUUUUUGCAAGUUAAAUGUGGCUCGAAACAUCUUCUCGGCCCAUUUCAGUGCCUUUGCAUGGGUUGAGCUCAUUUCCUUCAAUGCAAAAACAUUUGUUUGGUGCUGCUGCCAUUUCAUCCAAGUCUACUGAUGAAGCUUCCGUGGAUUGACACUGAUUAAAACCCACUAAAGUUUAUUUUGGAGAAACUGAAAAGCCUUUAUUUAUUCUGAUUAUCCAAGUGCAGGACAUGUGUGGAAAUUUCAAUCAAAUACACUGAAAGAUAAAACCUGUGGCUUUAAGUAUGUAUGCAUUGCGUGUGACAGGAGUUCAUGUUUUUAUUCUGAUAGUAUUUUAAGUGCAAAGUGUUGGAAUGUAAAGCUAUUAUUAUGAUGCAAUUUAUAUUCUCUAUAUUCUGGCGUUUUAGUCGGAUGUGUUAAUUUAAAUAAAAACAUAACACAGA